AUGCUAAGCGGUGAAUUUGACAGAAUUAUAGGAGACGGUCGCCCACUCCCUCCAGUCAUUACGGACCCGAAAGAAGACGAGGCACUAUUUGAAGAAACAGACCCUUUUGUGGACGGCCCAAUAUCCAUCGACCAUGGGAUCAACUUUAAAGUUGGAAAAGGAACCUUCCUCAAUUUUAAUCUCCUUGUUCUCGACACGUGUCUGAUCACGAUCGGCGAGAACGUGCUCUUCGGACCAAACGUAUGUCUUUACGGAGCUAUUCAUCCAAUGGAUCCUGCAGUCCGCCGAGGCAUUAAAGGACCGGAGGCUGGGAAGGAAAUUCACAUCGAGGAUGAUGCCUGGAUUGGGGGUAAUGUCCUCAUACUAGCUGGGGUCCGCGUUGGACGGGGAAGCACCGUAGGUGCGGGUUCUGUUGUUACAAGGUCACGUAUUGCCCCAGAAGUGAACGGUUUCUAA